AUGCUUGCAGCUCCCAGUUUUCUUGCGCCCGGCGCGACCCCUGCUCGACAAUCAGGAUUGUCGCAUGCACCGCUGCAGCCUCGGGUGUCGUCGAGCUCAGCAUUUUCCAGCAUCCCAGUUGCAACGGUCGCCUCGAGUGCAGUUUUGGCGGUUGCUGCCCGCAGUGCCACCAAGCAGACUAGCAAGACCGUCCGAAAUUUUUUCGGUGACAGCGGCAGCACCAGCUAUGCCAGCUUCGAUCCUGCAACAGAGCUGGGAGUCCAGGACCCCAUCGGCUUCUGGGACCCGCUAGGCCUGAGCGCCGACAAGGAUCAGGCCACCUUCAAGCGCCGCCGCGCCGUGGAGAUCAAGCACGGCCGAAUCGCCAUGUAUGCGACCAUGGGCUAUAUCGUCCCAGAGUACUUCAAGUUUCCGGGCUACUUGAGCCCAAGCUUGGGUCUUAAGUUCAGCGACGUGCCGAAUGGCUUGGCCGCAUUGUCCAAGAUUCCGGUUCUUGGAGGAGCACAGAUCAUUGCCUUCUGCGGCCUCAUCGAGACCACGGGCUUCUUCCAGGCAUCGUCCACCACGGAUGGCCGUGGCCCUCGCGAGGGUCAGUUCUCCAUGAAGGACUCCACGGAAUCUGCGGAGCCGGGCAACUAUGGCGUCGGCUUCCCCAACUUCCUGGGCAAGGUCGAGGACCCGGAGGCCCGCAAAAGCAAAUUGGCGGCCGAGUUGGCCAACGGCCGCCUGGCCAUGAUGGCGAUCAUCGGAAUGUUUUUCCAAGAUGGACUCACAGGAUCGGCAUGGGGUGACUGGAGCCUCUACACGGCCUCGCCCCUGCGUGCCAGAGAGUCGAAGGUUGCACGCAACUUCUUCGGCGGUGGAGAGACCACCAGCUAUGCCAGCUUCGACCCGGCCACGGAGUUGGGUGUGCAAGAUCCCAUCGGGUUCUGGGACCCGCUAGGCCUGAGCGCCGACAAGGAUCAGGCCACCUUCAAGCGCCGCCGCGCCGUGGAGAUCAAGCAUGGCCGAAUUGCCAUGUAUGCGACCAUGGGCUAUAUCGUCCCAGAGUACUUCAAGUUUCCGGGCUACUUGAGCCCAAGCUUGGGUCUUAAGUUCAGCGACGUGCCGAAUGGCUUGGCCGCAUUGUCCAAGAUUCCGGUUCUUGGAGGAGCACAGAUCAUUGCCUUCUGCGGCCUCAUCGAGACCACGGGCUUCUUCCAGGCAUCGUCCACCACGGAUGGCCGUGGCCCUCGCGAGGGUCAGUUCUCCAUGAAGGACUCCACGGAAUCUGCGGAGCCGGGCAACUAUGGCGUCGGCUUCCCCAACUUCCUGGGCAAGGUCGAGGACCCGGAGGCCCGUAAAAGCAAAUUGGCGGCCGAGUUGGCCAACGGCCGCCUGGCCAUGAUGGCGAUCAUCGGAAUGUUUUUCCAAGAUGGACUCACAGGAUCGGCAUGGGGUGACUGGAGCCUCUACACGGCCUCGCCCCUGCGUGCCAGAGAGUCGAAGAUUGCACGCAACUUCUUCGGUGGAGAGACCACCAGCUAUGCCAGCUUCGACCCGGCCACGGAGUUGGGUGUGCAAGAUCCCAUCGGGUUCUGGGACCCGCUAGGCCUGAGCGCCGACAAGGAUCAGGCCACCUUCAAGCGCCGCCGCGCCGUGGAGAUCAAGCAUGGCCGAAUUGCCAUGUAUGCGACCAUGGGCUAUAUCGUCCCAGAGUACUUCAAGUUUCCGGGCUACUUGAUUCCGGUUCUUGGAGGAGCACAGAUCAUUGCCUUCUGCGGCCUCAUCGAGACCACGGGCUUCUUCCAGGCAUCGUCCACCACGGAUGGCCGUGGCCCUCGCGAGGGUCAGUUCUCCAUGAAGGACUCCACGGAAUCUGCGGAGCCGGGCAACUAUGGCGUCGGCUUCCCCAACUUCCUGGGCAAGGUCGAGGACCCGGAGGCCCGCAAAAGCAAAUUGGCGGCCGAGUUGGCCAACGGUCUUCAUGGAUUGUUGAGCUGGUGGGAUGCCGAGGAUCACGAUGGCGAGGAGGACGAGGCGAAUCUGCUCUAUUCGCAGUUGGAGCAGGCUCCUUUGAUGGUGGUGAUACAGCGUGUGCUAGAGAUCGACCUCCACGAGGUGCACACGGGCCCGAGUGACAAUCUCGGGUACGAACUGAUCUCCCAAGCCGCUUCCCGCGUCUUCUUCUACCUGUUCAUGUUUGGGGAGAUGGCUUGGCUUCUUCGCCGCUACGCCUGGGAAGACCUGGUCUUCACUGGCAGUCAGGAUGGAAAUUCGAUGAGGCAGCCACUGGUUGGUUCUGCCCGAGUUCUACGGAGGGAUCGGGAGGUGGUGGCGUGGACAGUUGCCACUUACCUCUUCAUUUGCAUGCUGGUUGUGGGUCACGCUCUGAUGGUGGUGAGAGAGCUGUGGGAGCUCGAGUGCCACUUGCCUUUGGCAGGAGCUCUUUUCGUCGAAGAUGGUGGAGGCGGCUCAGGCGGAUUCGGCUUGGCGUUCGCCGGUCUGCGCAGAUCUGGGUUCUUCGUGGUCGCGGGCUUGGAAGGCGACGGUUCGUCUGCCCUGUUCCUCCCCGUGCUCUUCGAGGCCGCCGGAUUCAAUCCCUUGGUGGUGCCGAUGACACUGCUUUCAGUUUUUCCCCCUCUGGGGUUGAUGUUUCAAGCUGCUGCACUCGCAAAUGUGCUGUGGCUGAUUCUGGCUGUGAUGUUCCGAGUCGGGGCAGUUUGCCUGGCUCCAGUGGUGGUGGCCUUGCGGGUGGUCAUCUUCUCCCUUCUGCUGAUGGAGGCUGUCGGGCUCAGGCGGAGGAUGGUGGAUAUGCUGGGCAGUGCGGGGCCGGAGGUGUUUUGGCCAAGCCUGCCGUUGGAUGUGCUCGUACAGAUGGCGAUGCUGUGGGCCGGCGCAUUUUGCCCGGGCCUGCUCAUGUUAACGAUAGCUUGGCCGAUGAUGGAGCCGGUGGUGGAUCGGCUGGUGGCCUUUGUGGAGGUGGUCCUGCCGGGCAUUCAUGUGCUGAGGCGGGCGAGGCAAAGCAUUGCGGGCGGCGGUGAUCCUCUUCGUGGAGGCGCUGGUGGUGCGGCUGCCUCGAGGCGCAAGCGCACGGAGCGCCUUCUGGAGGGCCUGCAUGGCCUUUUGAGCGGCUGGGGCGCCGACGAGGACGAUGCUGGGGUUGAUGAGGGGGCUGAGCUUCUCUAUGCACAGCUUGAGCAGCUUCUGUGGGAUCGACCCAGGGACCCCUACACGGCCUUGCAGAAGAUAGUGACGUCGUGGAGCCAUGAUGGUGCCACUGAUUGUGCGAGGGCUUGGGCUCCCGAGCCCGUCAGGACUGACUUUGCUGCCUCCUGGAAGCCUGCUGCUCGCUGGAGAAAGAACAAGGCCAAGGGUGAUCAAGCUGAGGUGUGGUCCCAAGCCGAAUGGGAUGCAUGGAAUGCUGGGCGUGAUACCCCAGCUUCUGCUGAAGAUGCCGGCUGGACGGAGGUCAAGAGCAAGCGGCGCCGCAAGCCGACUUCGGACGCUGCCCCGCGCCGUGUGGUUUCCAUUUCGGAGAAGGGCAAGGGCAAGGCUUCUGAGCCGGUUUCCGUUUGGACGUGGUGGCCUCGCUCCAGUGACUGGACUGGUGGCCCAUGCAUUGUUGGCACCUUCUCUGAGCUCAUGAACACUGAGGCUGUGCAGGAUUGUGUUUUUGUGCCAGUGACAGAGGAGGAGCUGGAGAAAUGCCGCACUUUUGUUGCUGCUGCCCCGGCGGAUUCACCGCCCGAUGUUACGAUCGUUGUGCUCAAAGGCUCCUUCGAGUCUUCCCGCCGCGAUUUUCAGGAAGUCGAGUGGACGGAGUGUCGUGUCCCAGGGCUUUGGAGUGGACAAGUUCGGGCGGCUACGGCUUGGGUUGCUGCUUGCAGUGAAGUCUCGCCGACCCUCAAGGCCCGUGCCACUUCAGUUGCCGUUUCGGUGCCGACCCCUCGGGAGACUGUGGUCCUGAGGGCGCAUUGUGAUUGGAAGUUUGUGGAUUCGGACUGGGCCACACUCCAGGCCAAUCCUGGCCGCGCCUUCCGCUCCUGGGCGGGCAAAGCUUUUGGAUCCAUCAAGGAUACGUGGGGCUGGGCUGAUGUCCGUGGUUCCACGGUGGAGGGGCUGUUGCGCAUCGAGAAAGACAAGGUUGCCAAGGCACUCGCCGUCUCCGGCUCGUGGGUCGAUGGCACCCGGUUCUUCAUCUCGAAUGUUUCUCGCGCUCAGCAUUUGGGGACUCCUGAGCUGGCCGUGGACUGGGUGGAAUGGCAUGAGCAGGAGUCUUGGCAGUCGUAUGCCAAUCGAUGCAGCCGCUUACUUCAGCCGGUCUCCUUUGGGCUGGCGAGGGGUGCUAAGCAACUUGGUGUUCGUCGAGCCGCCACGCAGGAGGACCGGGACCGCCCUCAGACGGUUCGGAGGCGAUGGCGCAUCACUGGCGUGCCCCGUGACUGGAGUUGUGAGGAUGUGGUUCAGUUCAUGGUGGAUUGGGGCUUUGAGUCCGUGCAGGCUGAUGAGCGCAUGCCCUGGCGCAAACAGACCGCGUGGACCCUCCUCGCGACGGCCGAUCGUGCUCUCGACUAUGCCAUAGUCGACCUCAACUGUGGCCCUGUGGAGGCCACCCGGCUUGGCGGUGAUCGAGCUGCCGCCCACUCUCGGGCUUUGCCCAUGGAGUGGCGUCAGCAGUUCAAGGCGAGCGGCGGGAAGACCAAAACCGCUCGUAAGCCUGGUUCGGCGCCUACGUCUUUGACUUCGGAUGCCCCUGCGGAUGCUUCUGGUUCCGAUGUGGUGCUCGAGGACAUGGUGGUGGAUGGUGGUGGCGACGAUGAGCGCCAAAAUGGCAAAAGCAAGGUCGCGGGGCCUGAGACCGAGGCUGACUCCAAGCGGUCUCGAUUGGAGGGUCGGCCCAAGGCGGUGCAGGCUCGUAUCCCUCCUGACAUGAGGGUUGAGCCCAACUCUGGAGCUGGGAACUGUUUGUUCCAUGCUGUGCGGGAUGCCUUGGUGUCACAAGGCAGAUCCAAGCGCGAGACCGGCGAGAUUCGGAUGUUGGCGUGUACCCAUCUCCGUACCCACGCCGACCAUUAUGCCGGAUUUUGGAAAGGGGAUGCCCCAACUGCUAAUGGCGAGCCGCUGGGCACCGACUUUGCUGGCUACGUCUCUGCUGUUGCUCAAGAUGGAGCAUGGGGCGGAAGCCUAGAGUUGUCGGCUUUGGCGGCCACUCUUAACCAAGCCAUCUAUGUCUUCCGCGGCGAUGCCGACAACAUCACUGUGUUCAAUGCCAAGGGCCGUGGGCAUCCGAUCGCCCUGUUCUUUCACCAGAGGCACUACGAGGCGUUGGUCGGCAAGCUCACCCGCGCGACCAUCGCCAAUGCAGAGCCUGCUCAGAUCGGCGAUCCUGCCGAUAGAGGCGGUGGCUUGCAGCGAGCUGUCAAGGCCGAGAUCGGCGAUCCUGCAGAUCAUGGUGGUGCUCCCUCCGUGGGGCGAGCCGCUUCUUCCUUGGGUGGCUGUACUGCUGCCUCGAGUCUGGGUGGCUGCACUCAGGGGUCAUUGCCGUCGUCGCGAGCUGCUCCCACUGGCGAGCUCAAGGCUGUCUCGUUGGCCGGCGCACUGUCGGAGCUGCUGCUCCUUCUUCUGUUGGUGGCAGGCGCCGAUGCUGAUCCUCCCCCGGUGCUUAGCGCGAGCAAACGCGCUCUGCUUCAGCCGCGCUACCGACGGAAUGUGUUGGUGACUGGUGAUGGCCCACAGCGGUUUGAGUGUCCUCACUGCGACUACGCCUACACCCACCCCUCGAGGACCGUGGUUUCCUCAGCCCGGCGGACUCACCUGGUUCGCUGGCACGAUGGAGUCGGGGUCCCUGGAUCUGUGCGGGUUGUGGACACUCCUUUCCGGAGGCUUACCGCGGCCGAGAUCCAAGCCGACAGUUACGACUGGAAAUGCCCUGCUUGCCGCUUCGGCAUACCUGCUCAGGCGAGGGACAGCAUCUCCAAACAUGUCUUUGAGAGGGAAGCGACAAAGCAUCGUCGUGAACGACAUCCUUCUUACGAUGAUCGUCAGUGGCAGGCGCUGGCUGCUACGCAGGCAAUGCGCCGCCGAAGCGCUCGCCGGAGCCGUGUGGUGUGCGCUGCCAAUAAGAGGGCUGUGAAGCGAGUGGCGAGCGGUGCUGACUUCCCCGGCUUCGAUGAGUUGUUGUGGCCAGUGCUUGCUUCGAAAAACCGUCGUACUUGCCAUGUGCUUUGGCGGAAGGCUUGGAGCUGCCAGGAGUGCUGCCAUCUGUUCACACAUGUGUCGCCGAAGUCCAUCAGGCGCUUCUUCAAGGUUGCUAAGAUCCUCAGGCGGGGGCCGCACGGUCUUCCUGAGGAGGUGCUCACCGCCAGGCUGGCUGCUGCUGAAGCAGCAUUGCAUCGCAGUGUCUUGGCCGUUUGCAGUGUGCUCCAGCGAUGCUCCUUGGAUGCUGCUUGUCUCCAGGAGGUCGAUGUUAAUGAGGAGUCGUGGCCUAGGGUGGUGGCCUCUUUCAAGAGUCAGGGUUACCAGCUGAUCGGCGGCGCUACAGUUUCUGGUGAGGGCCAUCUGGGCUCCUUUCGCCGCUGCGCCAUUGUCUCUCGCAUGCCCCUGAAGUGCCUCCGGCUGAGUGGGAUCGAUGAACCUGACAGGGCUGUUGCUGUGGUCUUCGAAGCGCGCCUCGAGCACUCGCUCAAGAAGAUCAUACUGGCUUGCACUUACGGUCACGCUGCUUGUCAGGACCGGGCCGCCGCUCACCACGCUCAGGUUCUCUCUGCGCUUUCUGCUUGUGCUUGCGAGUGGCUGCUCCUUGGUGACUUCAACGUGGCACUGGAGGAGGCUCCGGCGGCAACAGCUUCCGCUGCGCGCUCUGACUUGCGAGCUCUCGACGAUGCCUUUGCGCACCAGGGUGAGCUCCCAAGCACUUCUCCGAGCCGAGGCCGACGGAUCGACUAUGGGCUCGCCUCGCGGGGGCUUUCUGCAACUCAGCUCUUGACUUUCGACACUGUUGCCGACCACUUGGGGACGGCCUACGAGGUGCCGGUCACCUUGCCUUCGGGCCACGCUGGGCCGCUUCGGGCUCGUCUUCACUCUGAGGCUGUUUCGGAGGACGCCUGGCAUCACACGUGGCGACCGCAGGCUGCGCGCUUUCGGCGCGCUUUGACCGAGGACUUGGACGAGGCGUGGGCUCUUCUUUCAGGUGCUGCUGAGGAGGUGCUUUCUGCAGGGGGCUCUGACACUACCGCUGUCACUACUGGCCGCUACGUUGCACGACAUUCUACCUGGGCUCCUCACGCUGCUCGGGCUGUUCACAAAGCUGCUUUGGGCUCCGAGCCCGUUCUUCUGGUUCGGAUGCGCCGGCUUCAACGACGUCUUGCACAUCUUCGGCGAGUUCCUCGUGAUGCUGCUCUUCGUGCGAACAUUGUCGAGGACCUGACCAAGCUGGGACACACCUUCCCGGAACUCUACGACUCCUUGGGUGGCGCUGAGGCUGGUGCGCUGAGCUUGGUGACCACUUUGGUCACUGCCCUCGAGGUUGAGACUAAGGAGGCCGCCGUUGCUUCUUGGCAGCGCAAGGUCUGUGACGACUUUAAGGCGCAGUGCGCUUGGGUCAAGCGGCGCAUGAUGCUUGAGGAGCAGAUCCGCGGCCGAGCGGGAGUGGUUGCCGAGAUGGACUCGCUCUUUCCAGCGUGUCGUGCUGGUGGGCCUGACGGUUGGGUCGUUGAGCAAUGGCUUCAAUUGCCGCUGGACUUCUGGGAGGCUCUUGCGGCGGCAGUGGUGGCGAAGCUCACUCCUUGGGCCACGCAGUGGCUUGGACACCAGACUUGUGGCGGCGUCCCGCAGCGCUCCACCAAGGAUGUCGUGCAUCAGUUGUUGGCGGCCUGCAACCAGGGCGAGCUUCUGGUCGGUGAAGACCUCACGAAGUACUUCGACUCGGUGGACGUUGAGGACGUCGACUUAGUGCUCCAGCGACUCGGUGCCCCUGCCCCUCUUCGUCGUCUGGUGCAGCUGGUCUACGAAGAACACUACAAGCUCUUUUCUGCUGCCGGCGUCUCGGGCUCUGGGUGGCGCUCCGUGAGCCGUGGGCUUUUUCAGGGCUGCCCGCUCAGCCCGCUGUUGGCGGCUUCGUGCCUGACAGCAUGGUCCGCUCUGGUGGAGACGGCGCCUGGCGUGGCCACGGCCUCCUUUGUGGACGAUCGCUUCCUGAUGUUGAAGGCUGGUGCUGAUUUUGAGACUGCCUCGCAGCUGAGCUCGGAGUUCGAUGAUGCUUUCGGCUUCGCACGGGACAUCGCCAAGUGCCGCGUUGGUGCCCCUUCGUCCCAUGCUGGCGCAAGUGCUGUUGCGGCCCACUUUGGGUACCCGCGGGCCUCUCGCUUUGAGGUGCUCGGCCUGGACCUUGACCUGGACGUUGGUGGUGUUGCUGAUCUCGCGGGCUUCUCGCUGCAGAGGACUCGACGACGCAUUCGCUUGGUGACUGUCGUUGCUCCUCACUUUCGUGUGAGGCGCGGGCUCUUUAAGAGGCUGGUGGUGCCUGCUUUCACUUGGGCUGGCGCCUUUGGAGGCGUUUCUCGCGACGAAGCUUACAAACUUCGUAACGACUUCCUCUUCCGAGUUGGUGGUGCCUCAGCGCGCGACAAGGCGCGGCCGCUCUGCUUGGAGGUUCUUGGCUACGACUGUGACCCGCCUUUUAUGAGGCGGUGGAGCGCUCUUCGUGAACUUGUCCGGCUCAAGACUUACACCCGAGCUUGGCAGGAGACGGCUCCUUUGACUGUUGCUCUGGCUCCGCUUUCCACUGUGCUCCCGUUCGUGAACCUUGUGCUGCAGGAGCUUGGCUGGUGGUUUGGCCCUGGUCAAUGCUCUCUUGUACGGCGGGACAGACUUGGGGUUCUGCGCCACUUCAACUUUGGCUCCGACGGGCUGGCGGUCUUGCACGAGUGGCUCGCUGACUGGCACCGACGUGAGGCUCUUCAGGCUUGUGGUCGUGUUCACAGGGGCUUCCACAGACCCACCGCUGGCCUCGCUUCUGGGCUCCUUUUUCCUGCUGUUGCUCCUGGUGUUCUUUGCACCUUCGCCGGUCACCGCAAGCUGUAUGACCAAGGGGAUCUUUAUCUUCGUCAGCUUUGCUUGGGCCAUGGUUGCUGUGCUUGGGACAAGGCCGCUCGCUACCAGCUUGAGGUCUUGCCGGAUUGCAGAUGCGGGCUACCACAGCCUAGUCGACCCCACUUGGUGUGGCACUGUGCCGAGUUUCCACGGGUUCGAGAUGCUGUCGGGCCGGUCGCUGACAGGCUCGCCGAGCGGCUUCUGGCGCGCGAGGUCCCCGAGAAACCGGCUCCUCCUGUGGCCUUGGACUGCGGGGGCCUCGAGGAGGAGCUUGCUGAGGCGCUGUGCGCCGCCUGGCCGGCCGCCUCUGCUGAGCUGUUCGUUGCUACCGAUGGCUCCAGCUUCUCUGAUGUUGCCUCGUACGCCGUUUGUCUUGAGGAUGGUGCUGAUUUUGCUGGCGGCGUUUCUGGGGAGGACCAGUCGCCGUAUAAGGCCGAGCUGAGCUUUCUGCUCUUGCCCUUCUUCUUCGAGCUGCUCGCCGUCUUGACCGGUUUCCUCGAGUGUUGCAGUGCUGGCGUCCUCUGGGCUCAGGGUGCGACUGGAGUGGAUCCCAAGCCAUGGAAAGCCGUUGCCCAGGCACUGGCGAGCUUUGUCAGGAGCCAGACCUCGGCCAGGCGCCGCUGCUUCUUGGCGCGUGAAGCUGCGCAGCGCUGGGAGGAGACCGUUUUGCAGGCCGCGGCGUCGACUGCAGCUCUUUGGGACGCCAGGCCCGACGUGCCCAGGAGGCGGGCUGGACUGAUGCUGAGUGGGAUGCGUGGAAUGGAAGUGCGACGACAAGGCGAAGAGCUACGUGACCUCAAGGAGAAGUCUGAACGGUCGAGCAAGUUAACAGUGUUUACGGCGAGGGAUGCUGGAGAGGCUAAGGCGGCGCUACAGACUGCAGUCUUCCUCACCGGACAUUUUCGCGAGCACAUGCAGGGAAUUCUGAAGACGUACCAAGAUGCUCGUGAUCAGGCACGCGAUGGUGGUGGGGUCGCUUCGAAGGAUCCGCAGGCGCAGGGCGCGUUGAACCGCUGA